AUUCGCGGUGCAUUCUUGUGUGGAGGGCGAAGCGAGCAGCCAUCCGCAGGACAGCAGGAUUGCUCGAAAUAUCCUCGGUGAGAAUCAGCCGUUAUCGGUUAGCCACGUUUCGAACGAAGUGGAAGUUGCGUUGCCAGGGAGCCGCUGGGGAGCCUCGGACCUCCACAGCCCGGUGAGCGUUGAUUUGCCCCUUGCGGAGUGCGCAGCCCUCCAUCAGCCCGGAGGAUCCACGGCGCAGGAUUUGGAUUUGGAGAACCAUCGACACAAUGAUCCCGAGGUGAGCCGAGGUCCUGUUGUGUCCAUCUGUCAAAUUUUAAGAACUCAGAGGAAACUCCCGACUGAGAAACUCGAAAUGUCUGCCGCCAACAUCAGUCCGCUGAUUUUCACCCUCCUCCUGUUCCUCUCCUCGGUUUCGAGCCAACAGGUCUCUUCAAACUGUGUGAUCAAGAGGGAGGAGGAGAAAUGCAUGGAAAUGAUUGCCUCAGACGAUCCCGGGAACGAUCCAGACUUUGGCUGUCCAUGGAUGUGGGACAACCUGACGUGUUGGCAGCCCGCCAGGAUUGGUGAGGUGGUUGAAGUCAAAUGUCCCGAACUCUUCUCUCAGUUCAUGAGUGAGGAAGACUAUGAGCUGGGGACAGUGAGUCGAAACUGCACCAUGUUCGGCUGGUCCGAGACCUUCCCUCAUUACAUUGAUGCCUGCCUGUAUGAAGAAACAGGCAGCAACCACACGGACACAUAUUAUGCAUCGGUGAAGGCUCUAUACACAGUGGGCUACAGCACCUCUUUGGUCUCCCUCACCAUGGCCAUGGUCAUCCUGUGCAGGUUCAGGAAGCUUCACUGUACCAGGAACUUCAUCCACAUGAACCUGUUUGUGUCGUUCAUCCUGAGAGCUAUUUCAGUCUUCAUCAAAGACGGCGUGCUGUACGCCAAAGAAGACAGCGAGCACUGCUUCAUACACACUGUGGAGUGUCGAGCAGUGAUGAUCUUCUUCCAUUACUGCGUCCUUUCUAACUACUUCUGGCUCUUCAUCGAGGGGCUGUACCUUUUCACUUUACUGGUAGAAACCUUCUUCCCUGAAAAGAGAUACUUCUAUUGGUACAUCAUCAUUGGCUGGGGAGCCCCCACAGUGUGUGUGACCAUCUGGGCAGUGCUGAGGCUGCACUUUGAUGAUGUUGGCUGUUGGGACAUGAAUGACAACGCUGCCAUCUGGUGGGUGAUCAAGGGACCUGUGCUUGCUUCAAUCAUGAUCAACUUUGUUCUCUUUGUUGGCAUCAUCAUCAUCCUCGUCCAGAAGUUACAGUCCCCAGAUAUUGGUGGAAAUGAAUCCAGUAUUUACCUAAGGUUGGCCCGCUCCACUCUGCUGCUGAUUCCUCUGUUUGGUAUCCACUACACUGUAUUCGCCUUCUCCCCUGAGAAUGUCAGCAAGAAGGAGCGUCUGGUGUUUGAACUCGGACUCGGAUCCUUCCAGGGUUUUGUGGUGGCCGUCCUCUACUGCUUCCUGAAUGGAGAGUAUAUCCCUCAAGGUGCAAUCGGAGAUCAAGAGGAAAUGGCGCAGCUGGACGGUGAACAGGUACUUUGCUGUGGACCUGAAGCACCGGCAUCCUUCGCUGGCGAGCAGUGGGGUGAACGGGGGGACGCAGCUGUCCAUCCUCAGCAAGAGCAGCUCCCAGAUCCGCAUGUCCAGCCUGCAGGCCGAGACCCUGGCCACUUGAAUGGCGCUGGUGGGGAUUCCACGUCGACCACCGAUGCUGCCGCCUCCAGACCCGAUGCCGCCAAAUCUGCCACGCCCACCCUCGUUCCCAUGACCAGCCUCACCAACCCCUUCCUCAACCCGUACCCCAACCCAUACCCAAACGACACCAUGAUGGAAACCCAGCUCAACUCCACCGACCCAGAACAGCCUCUAGUCUGACCUGCUCCACUCUGAGCCUGAAUGUCAGGUGCCAAAUAAUGAAUCUCCUCGUGUCCUGGUUCAGGUGCAGCUGGAGGGUAAAAAAAAAAAAAAUAAUAAUGUAAAAAUUGAAUCAUCCUAUUCCUGAGCAGCCUGUCAUCUUCAAAGGGGCAUGGGUGGGAUAUUCCUGUAUAUCUAGUGUCUCGCUGGGCUGGGACAUGCAGAAGAAGCAUGGUCUCAUCUCUCUGUACAUAUUGUAUUAGUGUUUAAAGUCGUGUGGUGCUACAGUACAGCACAGAGGGACCAGAGAGCUCUACAGUGUGUCCUCUCACUGAGAUCAUUCCAGUCUGAGGAGGGUUUUACAUUUGUCCUCGACCUUCACCCCCACACUGUAUUUCACAUUAUAACUCCACUCAGACAUCACAGCUGCUGUGCCAUUUGAAAUAGUUUAUUUUUAUUUCUUUUUUAAAAAGACACUGGGCAAUGUAAAUACCUUAAAGGAGCAGUCCACUGAUUUUACACAUGAAGAUUAUUUAGCUAAAAGCAAGUUACAUUGUCUUGUUUGGCUUCUUUUUUUUUUUGUAGUUGUGCAGGUUGCAUUACAAACUAAGGUCAUGGAAAGGAGGAUAUACUGAAAAGAGGGUGUGGACUACAGUCAUGAUAUCUCAGUGUAUGCUGCUCCGAUUCUGACCCUCUCUGAUGUACAGAAAAUGUUGAGUUUUCUUGUGUAGUUUUUCUUAAACUAUGUAGUUUUCUUCUUAAAUAUGUUGAAGACUAUUUAUAAAGUAAAGGUUAGCAUCAAAUCAGUGUUAAAAAAACAAAAAAAAACAACUUGUCACCAUCAAAUCUGUUCCUGAUUGUGCUAAAGGUCACACCUAGAUUUAUAAAACCCAUUCGGUGCUUAAGAAGCACAGCCAACUGCAGCCCUCUUCAUGUGAAAGCUCAGUGUUAUUUUCUCAUCACUGGCACAAUCAUUUAUGUUUCCUGUGUAAACUGUGACUGAUGUAAAACCACAUUAUGAGUAUUGAAGACUGAGGAAUGUUGAAGAGAUGUUUUCAUCUGGAUCCAACAGCUGGAAGCAAGGUAUUCAAGAGAAGGACAUAUUUUCUAUAGUUAUGUGAAAUGCCAAAAAAACUGAGAAAAAAAAAAAGAACGCCAGGGUGAGAUGAUGGCUUAGAGCGUCUUCUUCAGAUAUGUGCGCGAUGCUGAGGUUUACAGACUACAACCACAAACACAAACCUCUCUAUUAACUCUCAGCACUGGAAGGAGAGGAGACUGUGGUAGUCUGUAGUUUCAAACAGCCGUGAGUACAGAAAAUGUCAAUGAAAUACUCGUGAUGAAAGUGUCAUGAGCUCAACUGCUUGCAUGAAUUUGCAUUUACUUAUAUUGUGUUUUAUUUCUUUUGUUGUGAGAAUUCAGUGUUGAAUUGGAUGUUAAAUGUGUUAUUUUUCUUCAUGAACUCUAUCUGGCUGCUGUGGAGGUGACGCUCACUUACACACAGCUGAGCUUCUUCAGUGGCCUCCUGCAGGAAUAAUGUACUGGUCGAAGUGAAGAAGUAGACCAUCGAAAACGCAGUCUGCAACAAAUCCUCCUAAUUUCUCCUUCUGAAAACUCAGUUUGAAUUUUAAUUAAUGAGUUUUGUGUUUUCAGAUGAAUCCCUUGUACAACCUUGGUGUCUCUUUGUGUUUCUCCAGUGAUUCUCUCUGGUGACAUUUGAUCUCUGUAUGCAUGUAAACAAGCACACUGAGACAGAUGUUACCUUUGGAGAGACAGACUUUUAACUCUAGGCAAUUCUUUCAUUCCAAAGACGAAAUUAUUCGACUGCUCACUGAAUUUUUGCACAGCCGUAUCUGUUUGCAAAGGCUGAUGUCGCUUUGCAACUGAUGUCACAGCAGACUUUUGUUCCUUUGGUCUGACUAAACUACCCUCUGAAUCCCAACGUUUGACUAUACUUUGUGUCUCCAAAAGUGCCUUUAAGCACAAAACAAGUAUUUUGACUUCUGUUGAUGAUUUUAAAGAAUAAGAGAGAUUUGUCUUUCAUUUCAAAACAAAACUGCAAAGUAAAGAAAAGGGUUGAACAAAGUGCUUUUAUUAUGCUAGACUAAAUCAGUGUUUUAAACCUGGAGGCCUUCAAACUACUUUAACUCAUCUUUGCUAAUGAUGAGCAGAACAUACGACAGAUUAGACUUUUAAUCGAGCAGUGCUACAGUAUACCAACUCAUAUGUCAAUGUACAGUAGACUGUAUCAAGAAUAAAUGUACUUUUGUUUUAUCAGCACAUACAUUGUUUUUUUUUUCUCUGCAGCAGAAGCAAUGAAAAUCACAGGACUAUAACAUCUGAACGACAAGAGACUUUUCUUUGUUAAUCUUCAAAAUGUGAGACCAUUUUACACUAAAAUUGUCAAGUGGUUGUAAUCAAUAUUUCUAUGUAAUCCAACUGAAUUUCAAAAAAUAUUCCUAAACAGAAAAAUAAUUUGAUCCAACUAUAAAUAUCUGUAAGGUUUUUAAAGAAAAACUUGAACUUGAAAACUCCAAAACAACAAUUGAGUGAAUAACUUAUUGCACAAUAAACUUUAUUUAUGACUAAUAAUAAUAGAAAAGUCAGUUCAGUAACUAUGUGAAUACCAUGUUAGAUGUUGAGUUUAACUCCUCAUACGCAUUAAUUUUGAUAAUUUGCAGGUAAAAAGACGUCACUACAGAGUCCCAAAACUGACACAAUUCAGUUAAAUAAUAAUUAUUUAUGUUCUGCCAACUGGAUUUGUUUUGUUUUUACAUUUUGUUUUAUAACUUUUUAAAAAGGUAUAAUUUGUGGAUGUAUUCAGUUAUGCUUUUAUACAUCUUUACAGACUUUCAAAAGGGAUGUGAACGUUUCAGAUAUUUUGUUUUUAAAGUUAAAUCAGUCAUUUAACUGUCCAGUUAUAUUUUCUGUAAAUUAUAUCUGACUACAUGGUGGUCUAAAUGCAGUUUCAAAGCUUUUUUCAGUUUUUUUCUUUUUUUUUUUGCACUAAUAGCUUGAUUUUGAAUAAAAAUAUUUAAAAAUGAAACACCAUAUUCCUACAGAAACUAAACUGAAGACAAGUUAAUAUGUAAAUAUGAAUGUCCAUUUUAUUUUUAAUUGACCUGAUACAAUUGUCUUUGUCUACAUACUAGGAUAUCUAAAAAGUAUUUUAGUGACUGCAUUUGAUUUAGUACAUGUACUUUAUAUAUAAUACAAGUCAAAAUUGCUAGAAACAGUAAAGAAAUUUUACACAAUGCACACUGUAUCCCUUUAAUCUUGGUUAAAAUGGCUAAAUUUGGUUAAAAGUGACUGUUUCUUUACCUCAUGAGCAAUGGUUUCUAAUUUUUUUGGGGUCACAUCCACCAUUAGAUCAAUGCUGUGUAGAUAACAUCGGAAUGUUUCCUGAAACUGGAAUAUAGUUUCUAAAAUGUUCACUUUUCGACCACUUUUCUGUCCAGGCUCACUCUAAAUGUCCGUACAUCUCUUGACCUGCAAAUUACCAUUUUAAAUUUGUAUUACUCCAGAGAGAGAUAGAGGAAAGAAGGGCUGACCAGAAACUGUUGCCCUGUUGCUCUGCUGGGUCUGUUUUCAGUAUAACCUGAAAUAAUAACAGUGCAGAUCCGGCAGCAGCCAUAGAGAGGCCCUGUUUCAUGUGAUGUUUGGGGAAAGGGCUGGACAAAAAAAAAAAAAUCUCCCUCUCUGCUCUGCUUCAGUUGAAUGUUCAGUUGAGUUCAUCAGAAACAUUUUGACAAUCUCACAGAUUCACAAGCCUCAUUUAGUUGAUGUAUUUCCAAAAUGAUUUCCUCUAGUAUUAAUAUGGGAGUUGGAGCCUUAUGUUAUUGCCAGUACUAUGUUGAUGUCAAAGAUAUUGCUAUUAUGAUUAUUAUGAUUAUUAUGAUUAUUAUUAUAAUACAUAUUCAUUUGAACCUGUUGUUUUGAGCUAUGAUGUAGUUAGCUGAAGUGUUUGAAAGGUCUGUAGCCAACCUUUGUGAAUAAAUAGACCGCAGUGACAGAAACAAGCUGCCAAUGUCGUACCUUGUAAAACCAGUUUUCCGUGGUUCAAAGUGAAUAGCUAUCAUUUAAAAACUUGCGCUGUGGUUGUUCUCUCAUUUUUUUUUUAUUUUUGAUUUCAUUAUUUUUAAUGGUGAUAGUGUUUGCUAAAAGUAUAAAGCCUCCUGUGAUGCCUCUGUAUCUUCUAACAGGCUGAUGCAUGCGUGUUAAAUCGUUCUGAUCUCAUUUUGACCAGCAGAUGUAAUCACGAGGGAGGGUCGAACUUUCAGGCCAUUAAGGGAAUCUGAGCUGCGUCCUUGUUUUUCGAACAUAAUGAGUGGAUGAGGCAAUUAAUAAGCUAGAAGACGGAUAUUGGGUUUCAACUGUGAAUGAUUUCUCAAAUUGUAGCUCCAGUCCCAUCAGGACCCAUCUAACACUUUUCCUUUGAAUGUUAAUCUUUGCUGACAUGAGGAAAAGUAAAGUGCCAUUAAAAAAAAAAAAAAAAACUGCUGUACUCUUUUUGUUCUUAUUGAUUUUUACUGCAAAGCAUGAAGGUGAUUUGGUUUCAACUGUUUUUUUCUUUUAAACCUUUAAUGAUGGUCAUCUUUAUUAAAUUGCAUUAUUAUAGGCUACUGAUCACUUGUCUGAAUCAGUUAGCGGUAAAACAAAAAACGAAAAAAAAAAAAACUGGGGCUCAACAGUUUGUGUACUGAUGGCUGAAUGUAAAGUAACUUAAAGCACUCGAGCCUGCUUCUGUCUGCUCCUCUUCUGUUCAUUUGAUCUCUGUCACUGCAAAGUGCACGAUUUGAUCUUGUUUCGGUGUGCACAUUAGAAUGUUUUUUUUGUACAUUAUGGAAGUAUCAACAAUAAAUGUUUUUAACUUGUG